AUGGGUCAAACUGCUUCAACGCCUCUCUCUCUCACUCUGGCCCAUUGGCCAGACAUACGAGAAAGGGCCCAUAAUCUUUCUCUUCUAGUAAAGAAAUGUAAAUGGCAAGUUUUCUGUAAUACGGAGUGGCCUACUCUCGGAGUGGACUGGCCUCCGGAGGGUUCAUUCCAUCUGCCAGUCAUCCGAUGAGUGAAAGAGGCUGUCUUUCAGCCUGGCCGACAUGGCCAUCUGGACCAACAACCCUACAUAAUGGUCUGGCAGGAUCUCUGUGAGACACCACCGGAUUGGACUCACCUGCCUCCCCCUUAUCCCUCUGCCCGGCAACCUCUGGCUCUGGCUCCGUUGCCUCCGGCCCCUGUGGCUCCUGAACCCCUGCCCUCCCCCUCUCCACCCUUAUCCCUCACCUCUUCUGCCUCCUCCCCCUCAUUGCCUCCAGAGGGAGGACCUGCCCAGGGAACCCAAAGUUGGCAAGUACAAGGUCCUCAGGAUGUAACCGUGACUCUCCCCCUGCGACCCUUCGGGCCAAUAAUAGAUAAUGGACAAGAGGGGGAAAUGCAGCCUUUACAAUACUGGCCGUUCUCUUCCUCUGACUUGUAUAACUGGAAAAAUAACAACCCCCCUUUCUCUGAGGACCCUUCGCGUCUUACAGGUCUUGUUGAAUCGCUUAUGUUUUCACACCAACCAACUUGGGACGAUUGUCAGCAAUUACUGAAUACCCUUUUCACCACUGAGGAAAGGGACCGGAUACUCCUGGAAGCCUGGAAAAAUGUCCCAGGACAGGAUGGGCGGCCGACCCAGCUCCAGAACAUCAUUGAUGAUCUAUUUCCCUUACGUCGGCCGAAUUGGGACCCUAACACGCAUGAAGGUAGGGAGCAUCUGUCAACCUAUCGCCAGUCUCUAGUGGUGGGUCUCCGUGCGGCCGCUCGUAGGCUCACUAAUCUGGCUAAGGUAAGGGAAGUUACACAGGGACCAGAUGAGUCUCCCUCGGUGUUUUUGGAGAGGCUUAUGAAAGCCUAUCAAAGGUAGACACCUUUUGAUCCACAGUCUGAGGAGCAGCGAGCCUCAGUGACCAUGGCUUUUAUCGGCCAGUCUGCCCCAGAUAUACGCCGUCAACUACAGCGUAUAGAGGGACUCCAGGAUUUGACUCUAAGAGACUUGGUCAAGGAAGCAGAUAAGGUGUUCCACAAGAGGGAGACUGAAGAGGAGAAGGAACAAAGAAAAGAAAAGGAAAGGGAGGAAAGGGAAAGUAUUCGGGAUAAAAAAAGAAAUCGGGAUUUAACAAAAAUCCUGGCUACAGUAGUAGAAAAUGCAGAAUCUAACAGAGGCAGGGGAAAUGGAAAGGGAGACAGUAAGGGAAAUAACCUGGGCCGAUGGCUUCGCUCUCCCUUGGGUCCGGACCAAUGUGCCUACUGCAAAGACAAGGGACACUGGGCAAAGGAGUGCCCCAAAAAGAAAAAUGCCCAAUCUAAACCAGCAGUCCUUGCCCUCGAACAGGAAGAUUAGGGGCGACGGGGCUUGGAUCCCCUCCCCGAGCUCAGGGUAAAAUUUAACAUGGAGGGGACACCCAUCAACUUUGAAGUGGAUACCGGCACGGUUUAUUCCGCUCUACAAGCCCCACUGGGACCACUGUCCAGCAAGAGAUCCCUAGUUAGAGGGGCAAACGGGAGCCAGUACUGGGCCUGGACAACAAAGAGAACUAUGGACCUGGGCAGGGGAAAAGUUCAACACUCCUUCCUAGUAAUCCCUGAUUGUCUGGCCCCCUUAAUGGGGAGAGACCUACUCACCAAAUUAAGGGCCCAGAUAACAUGACCUCAGGUGGAAUUUUUGAAUCCUCUGGUAAAAUCCCCGGUGGCUACCAUUUUGUCCAUGUCAGUAGAAGAUGAGUACCGACUCCACGAAAGUCCAGUAAAAACCCAGGAACAGAAAGUUCAACCUUGGCUUACCGACUUCCCUACCUCCUGGGCAGAAAUAACAGGGCUAGGACUGGCCACCCACCAACCGCUGGUAGUGGUAACCUUAAAAACCAGUGCCACCCCCAUCCGGGUCAGGCAAUACCCUAUAAGCAAAGAAGCCAAGGAAGGAAUAAGGCCCCACAUAAAAAAACUGCUUUCCCUAGAGGUCUUGAAGCCUUGCCAUUCAGCCUGGAAUACACCCUUACUGCCUGUUAAGAAACCCAGAAUUCAGGACUAUCGUCCUGUACAGGACUUAAGAGAGGUUAAUAGCUGAGUGCAGGAUAUCCAUCCUACUGUGCCUAACCCUUACAACCUACUAAGCACCCUCAGUCCCGAUCGUACUUGGUACACUAUAUUGGACCUGAAGGAUGCGUUUUUCUGUUUAUGGCUAUAUGCAGACAGUCAACCUCUAUUUGCCUUUGAGUGGCUAGAUCCUGAGGUGGGAAUAUUGGGACAACUAACUUGGACCCGCUUGCCACAAAGUUUCAAAAACUCCCCUACUAUCUUUGAUGAGGCGCUUCAUCAUGAUCUAAGCCACUUCAGAAGUGACCAUCCAGAGGUAACUCUGCUACAGUACGUGGAUGACCUACUGUUGGCCGCAAUGACCCAGGAACAAUGUGAGUACGGGACUCAGUCACGCUUACGGGAACUAGCCAGGCUGGGGUAUCAGGCCUCCACCAAAAAGGCCCAAUUGUGCCAGCAGGAAGUUACCUUCCUAGGCUACACCCUCAAGGAUAGAAGGUGCUGGCUGACAGAAGCCCGCAAAAAGACUGUAACCCAGAUCCCCGUACCCACUUCCGGGAAACAGCUCUGGGAAUUCCUGGGAACAGCAGGGUUCUGUAGAUUGUGGACACCAGGGUUUGCCUCUCUGGCUGCCCCACUUUACCCACUUCUCAAGGGUAAUAAAGACUUUACCUGGGGGCCCGCACAGCAACGGGCCUUUGAUGAUAUCAAAUGAGCCCUGCUAAUGACUCCAGCACUGGCUUUGCCAAAUGUUAAAAAGCCGUUCACCCUUUACAUUGAAGAGAGAAAAGGGGUGGCUCGGGGAGUCCUAACCCAGACUUUGGGACCCUGGAAGCGGCCAGUAGCCUAUCUAUCUAAGCACCUGGAUGUGGUGGUGAGUGAAUGGCCCCGAAGCUUAAAGGCCACUGCAGUGGCUGCCUUGUUGGCUAAAGAUGCGGACAAAUUGACUCUGGGACAAAAAUUAACCAUCAUAGCUCCACAUUCCCUAGAAAGCAUCAUCUGGCAGCCCCCUGAUCGGUGGCUUUCAAAUGCUCACAUCACCCAUUACCGAAGCAUCCAACUGGACAAAGACCGAGUUACUUUAAGUUCUCCUACUACUUUAAACCCUGCCACCCUGCUUCCGGACGAGACCGCAGAGCCUGUCCUGCACACUUGCCCAGACAUCCUGGCAGAAGAAACUGGAAUCCGCCGAGACCUGAUGGACCAGCCACUGCCUGACUCAGAGGUAACCUGGUUCAUGGACGGAAGCAGCUUCUUGAUGGACGGUACGGGGGCAGCGGUGGUUAGUACAACAACAACCAUUUGGUCAGUGAGCUUGCCAGAAGGAACUUCAGCCCAGAAGGCUGAGUUACUUGCGCUAACAAAGGCAUUGGAGUUGGCGACAGGAAAAUGGGCAACCAUCUAUACUGAUAGUCGCUAUGCCUUCGCCACCGUGCAUGUACACGGGGCUAUUUACCAACAAAGGGGACUAUUAACUUUGGCGGAAAAAGAAAUAAAACACAAGGCUGAAAUCCUCCGCCUCCUGGCAGCCGUCUCACUACCUUCAAAACUGGCCAUAGUACAUUGCCCUAGUCACCAAAAAGGGUUGAAUCCAGUAACUGUGGGAAACCGAAGGGCAGAUGAGGAAGCAAAAGCAGCUGCUCUGCGGGAACCUGAGGUCUGUACCCUUGCAGUAGAAAGUGAGACGCAUGCCCCACCGAAACAUAGAGAAGAAACCCUAGAGCAGCGGGCAGUUUCUUACUUACAGCAGGUUCACCGCUUUACUCACCUGGGGGCACGAAAAUUACAAAUUCUACUGCGUGAUCAGCCUUUCUCCCUAUCCUCCUCUGACAACAAGCGUCUAGCGAAACAGGUUGCCAAUGAAUGCAAAGCCUGUCAGGCGGUAAAUGCCUACCCAACCCAGAAACCAGAAGGAAAAAGACUACGGGGAGACAGGCCGGGACAAUUCUGGGGAGUGGAUUUCACUAAAGUCAGGACCGCCAAAUAUGGCUUUAAGUAUCUUCUAGUUUUUGUGGACACUUUCUCGGGGUGGGUAGAAGCUUUCCCCACCCGUAAGGAAACUGCUCUCGUCGUGGCCAAGAAAAUACUGGAAGAGAUUUUUCCUCGGUUUGGACUGCCUCAGGUAAUCGGGUCUGACAACGGUCCGGUGUUCAUGGCCCAGGUAAGUCAGGGUCUGGCCAGGAUCUUGGAGAUCAAUUGGAAGUUACAUUGUGCUUAUCAGCCCCAAAGUUCAAGUCAGGUAGAAAGAAUGAACAGAACAAUUAAGGAGACUUUAACUAAAUUAGCUAUAGAGACUGGCUCAAAGGAUUGGACCCUGCUCCUACCUUAUGCCCUCUUUCGGGCCAGAAAUACCCCUUCCCUGUCUAUGUUUAACCUUACGCCUUUCAAGGUACUGCAUGGUUCCCUACCACCUGUUAAAUAUUUUACCUCUAAUAUAGAUACCCACUCUAUAUCUUGUACCCCUUUAAUCACCAGAUUAAAGGCCUUGGAAGAGGUCCAAAAGCUCAUCUGGCAGCAACUGCCUGCUAACUAUCAGCCGGGAGAAGUGACUGUGCCACACUCCUUCCAGGUCAGAGACUCUGUGUAUGUGCGAAGACAUCGAGCGCACAACUUGGAACCGCGGUGGAAAGGCCCCUACGUGGUGCUCCUCACAACCCCGAUGGCAGUUAAAGUCGAUGGCGUCGCUUCCUGGAUCCAUGCAUCCCACCUCAAGCCUGCUCCACCUGCAGGACCAGAGUGGCAAUUGGAAAAAACUGAGAAUCCCCUUAAACUUCGGGUUCGCCAUGUGGGUAGGACUGUGGACCCUUCCCCUAACAUUUAGUAAUCCCCAUGCACCCCAGCUACUGGUGUGGGAGGUUUCUACUCCCACUGGGCAGGUGGCCUGGUCUAUUAAUGGGACACAUACCCCUGGGACA